CUGCCAAUCCCUCCACUGGCUUCCACUCAGUGUCCUCCAUCCCUCUCUGCCAAUCCCUCCACUGGCCUCCGCUCAGUGUCCUCCAUCCCUCUCUGCCAAUCCCUCCACUGGCUUCCACUCAGUGUCCUCCACCCCUCUCUGCCAAUCCCUCCACUGGCCUCCACUCAGUGUCCUCCACCCCUCUCUGCCAAUCCCUCCACUGGCCUCCAGUCAGUGUCCUCCACCCCUCUCUGCCAAUCCCUCCACUGGCCUCCACUCAUGUCCUCCAUCCCUCUCUGCCAAUCCCUCCACUGGCCUCCACUCAGUGUCCUCCACCCCUCUCUGCCAAUCCCUCCACUGGCCUCCACU